AUGAGGUGGUCCAUGGCAAUCACAGCCUGGUUGCUGGUGGUAGUCACUACCAGCAUAACUCCCACGGCUGCAUUUUCCAACCAUGUCUUGUUUGCCCGAACCGCCAAGUGGUGGACUUCGACUUUUACCCAAUUGAAAAUGUCCAGUUUUCAAGACAUGGUCAAUCAAAUGAAGGAAAAAUCCGGUGACAAGUCCACUAGUUGGAUUGAAGAAGCAAGAAAAGCCACGGCCGAACGAGAGGCUCAACAAAACAAGAACAUUGCCGAUUCCGAACGAAAGAUUCCAUCCUGGAUUGAUCAAAGUGGAGGACAACGGGCGCCGUCGGCACAAUCGCAAUCAGCUCCACAGGCACCGUCGUGGAUGAGUGGAGGGCCACCGCAAGCUCAGCAGCAUGCUCAAAAUCAACAGCAUGCUCAACCUCAGCAGCAAGAAAGUCAACCACCCAACAAUGGAGGAGGAGGGCGACCAAUUCCUAAAUGGGUACAGCAAAGUGGAGCAGGACAGCAAACACAACAACAGGCGCCGCCAGCAGCAUCAGGACCAAAAAUACCCUCGUGGAUUGAUCAGUCGGGAGGACAGCAAGCAUCGUCGACAACGCCCAACACUCCAACGCCACCGGCUGUGGGAACGUCACCACAGCAAGCAAAGCCGGCAGUAUCCGUGGAAGAUCGACAAAAACAAGCGGCUCAAAUGUUUGCUAAAAUGCAACCAGGAGGAGGAGCAGGAUCUACUCCUGGCAAAAAGCUUUCAUCUCAAAUGACCUUUGAAGAACGAGAGCAGGCAGCCAAGUCGGAAGGAUCCAAUCAGGCAAUGGAAAUGGCAGAAAAACUCAUGGCGGAACAAAAGGCUAAGGAUGCUGCUUCUGCGGCGGUUGCUGCUACCAAUAAUGGUGACAAGGCCAAGGAAAUGGCUUCUGCCCAUCAGCAACCACCCGCUAUGCAAGAUCGACAACAGCAGGCUGCCAACAUGUUUGAAGCGCAGAAUCAACUCACUGCCGCAGCAGUGGCUGCCACAUCGAUUCCCAAACAAAAGUUUCCCUCUCAAAUGACAUUUGAAGAACGAGAGGAGGCAGCUAAAAUGGAAGGGUCCAACAAGGCCAAGGAAAUGGCUGCCAAAAUGAUUGCAGAACAAAAGGCCAAACAGGACACUGCCGCUGCAAUUGCCAGUGGAACAACCCCACCUCCGCCGAGCAGUGACAUUCCAAACUUGCAAGAUCGAAAAAUGCAGGCCGCCAAUAUGUUUGCCAAUGCCAAACCAAGCACACCCGCAAAAACAAUGGCGGCUUCUACCAUUGGAGGUCCCGCCAUGUCUCCUCAAAAGAAGUUUCCAUCACAAAUGACCUUUGAAGAACGAGAGGAAGCUGCCAAAAUGGAAGGAUCCAAUAAGGCCAAGGAAAUGGCAGCCAAAAUGAUUGCCGAACAAAAGGCCAAACAGGAGGCGGCAGCCGCCAAAGCGGGAGAAAAUCCGCCGGCAGGCGGUACUGUCAAACCGGCUGCAAGCGCUGCUCCUCCCUCGACGUGGCCAGGUGCUUCUUCGCAUGCUGGAUCUGGCACGGCUGGAUCAUCAGAAAGUGGCAACCCUCCACCUUUCACAACGGGCGGGCAAGCUGCAAGUGGCCCUCCGUCGUUCCCAAACCCUACUCAACAAGCAGCAGGAUCAGUUGAAACGGGGGUGAAGACGGCAAUGCCUGCCCCGGCACUUUCCGUGCCCUUUGCAAGAGCACCAGAACAACAACAGCAACAUGAUCAACAACAACAAGGCAGGGAAGAUGCUGCAAAAAUGGAAGGAUCCAAUCAGGCUCAAGAAUUGGCGGCCAAACUAAUGGCAGAGCAAAAGGCCAAGGAGUCGACAUCCACACCAGCAGUAGCAACCAAGCCAGCUUUUCCAAUGGGAGCGGCUCCUGUCAGCGGUUUCCCAGGAGCGGCAACAAUUGAAAAGACGACACCAACGGCGGUUUCCGCCAGCAGCAGUGCACCAGGAUUGAACGCGGCUUCUUGGCCACCCAAGAAUCCCACGAACGAUGACGCAGGAAGACCUGCUUUCCCUGGCGCUGCUUCUGCAACCACUGGUUCCACAGCUAGCGGCAUGCCUAAAACUGCUCCCUUUGGUGGUCCAAGCAUGACAGGAAGCACUGCAGAUAAUACCGUCAAGCCAGCUGCACCUGCUACAGCUGCAAUGCCGCCAAAUGCCCAAACCAGCUUUUUCAAGCCGCAGCAGGCCAGCGGACCCCAAACGAAUGGACCACCAAACGGCGCCAUGCCGAUGCCACAAUCCAGUUCUCCAUUUGCGGGUGCCAAGGCAGCGGAGCCGAAUGGUUCAACAACAAUGACAAAUGGUCCAGGGGCGUCAUUCCCAGGAGCUCCCAAGACAAACGGUACCCCUGCAAUGGGGGCGGGAACUGCAAAUAGUUUGCCUGGUGGUCCAAAGAUGAAUGGGCCUCCCAAUGGAGCAAUGCCUCAGACAACUGGUCCUGCUUUUCCUGCAGUCCCAAAAGCAAACCCUGCAGCAGCAGGUGCUCCCAAGAUAAACGCGCCUGCCAAUGGAGCAAUGCCACAACCAUCUGGCCCAGCUUUUCCAGGGCUCCCACAAGCAAAUGCAGCCACAGCAGCAGCAGCAGGUGCUCCCAAGAUGAAUGAGCCUCCCAAUGGAGCAAUGCCACAACCAUCUGGCCCUGCUUUUCCGGGGUUCCCACAAGCAAAUGCAGCCACAGCAGCAGCAGCAGGUGCUCCCAAGAUGAAUGGGCCUCCCAAUGGAGCAAUGCCACAACCAUCUGGCCCUGCUUUUCCAGGGCUCCCAAAAGCAGAUCCUGCAGCAGCAGCAGCAGGUGCUCCAAAGAUGAACGGGCCUGCCAAUGGAGCAAUGCCUCAGCCAUCUGGCCCUGCCUUUCCUGGGGUCCCAAAAGCAAAUGCAGCCACAGCAGCAGCAGCAACAGGUGCUCCCAAGAUGAAUGGGCCUCCCAAUGGAGCAAUGCCUCUGCCAUCUGGCCCUGCCUUUCCUGGGGUCCCAAAAGCAGAUCCUGCAGCAGCAACAGGUGCUCCCAAGAUGAAUGGACCUCCCAAUGGAGCAAUGCCAAAGCCAACUGGCCUUGCUUUUCCAGGGCUCCCGAAAGCAGAUCCUGCUGCUGCAGCAGGUGCUCCAAAGAUGACUGGGCCUCCCAAUGGAGCAAUGCCACAGCCAUCUGGCCCUGCCUUUCCUGGGGUCCCAAAAGCAGAUCCUGCCGCAGCAGCAGCAGCUGGUGCUCCCAAGAUGAAUGGGCCUCCCAAUGGAGCAAUUCCAAAACCAUCUGGGCCUGCUUUUCUGGGGUUCCCAAAAGCAGAUCCUGCAGCAGCAGGCGCUCCCAAGAUGACUGGGCCUCCCAAUGGAGCAAUGCCUCAGCCAUCUGGCGCUGCCUUUCCUGGGGUCCCAAAAGCAGAUCCUGCAGCAGCAGCAGGUGCACCCAAGAUGAAUGGGCCUCCCAAUGGAGCAAUGCCUCUGCCAUCUGGCCCUGCCUUUCCUGGGGUCCCAAAAGCAGAUCCUGCAGCAGCAGCAGGUGCUCCCAAGAUGAAUGGACCUCCCAAUGGAGCAAUGCCAAAGCCAACUGGCCCUGCUUUUCCAGGGCUCCCGAAAGCAGAUCCUGCUGCUGCAGCAGGUGCUCCCAAGAUGAGUGGACCACCUGGUUCAACAUUUCCAGGAGUUCCAAAAGGUGCCGCGGCAACGGGAUCGGGGUCUGCUGCCAAUUUCAACCAAGGAACAGGUCCAGUCAGUGCAUUGCCUAAGAUGAAUGGACCACCUGGUGGAGCACAGCAACAGAAACCACCCGCAACUGCGUCUUUCCCAGGUAUUCCAGGAGCUAAAGGUUCGCCAGCAGCUGCUGGAUUUGCUACAAAUUCCAAUCAGGGGGCCGCAAAAGGUAUUCCUGCUGCGAGUGGCUCUGCAAUGAAGGGUCUACCGAACCAAGCUCAGAUGCCAGGAUCCAGUUCAUCAUUUGCAGGAGCAGCUAAAGCAUCAGCUGCGGCCACAAACAGUCCCCCCCAGAUUUAUCCGCGGUCGAAGGUCGACGGAGCUCCUUCUUUGAAUGAAGUGGUCCCCACAUUGGGAGGACCAUCUACGAGCGCUGAAAACAGUGGCACUACGGCAAAGCCUUGGGACAGGAGUGACACGCAAGGAAGCCCCCAAAGUACUGAUUGGGACAAUGUGAAUGCGAUGGGGGCACGCUCCUCCGAUAAGACGGAUGAUGGUGGAAUUUUGGGUGGAUGGUUCGAGAACAAUAAGAUUGGCCAGGUAGCAUAUGGUGUGGUCGGAGCAGCGGCAGCAGCAGCGGCGGCGGCGUUUGUUAUCGGCUUUGCACCUGAAAGAGGCCAGCAAGCUCCGAUUACUCCAGCGCGCACUUUUCCCGCAAUACAGGAAUCUGCACAGGUUCUUGCUCCCGCCCGUCAACAGCAGCAGCCCUCACCCCAGCAAGUGCAGCCUGCUCAACCCAUUCCACGCUCUCAGCCCAUACAACAAUCGCAGGCGCCACAAUCGCCCGUCCAAGCCAGUACUCGCACUGAAGCCGCGAUAGCCCCUCCGCCCCCUUCAGAAGCUGCUGUAGACCAAGGCGCACGCCCAAUAAUACAACAAUCUGCAGAUGUGGAAGAUGCUGCAGAGCGAGUCGAAUGGUACCUUGAUAAUCUCCGUGUCAAGUUUGACGACCUUGGCCAACAGAUGGAGAAGAAUGAUUUGGUGCUUCAAGAGCAGUCGAAGCAACAGCUGGCAGAGGCACAGGCUCAAAAGAAAAUUGCCGAAGAUUCGUUGAUCGUGAUCAAAGAGGACAAAACUCGGCUGGCAGCAGAGAAGGGUCGUCUGGACGCUGCGUUGGACGAUGCGAAGUUACUCUAUUCUCGCUUGGGUGAGCAGUCGAUGAUUCAGGUACUCAACGUGGAAAAGGAGUUGAAGAAAGCAGAACAGAGUUUGGAGGCUGCUAUUCAGAUGAAAGCUGAAUUUGAGGCUUCUAUGGCUCGAAGUGAGGACGAAGGACCCUUUGCCUUGAAAGACGUCGAACAAGGUUACAGCGAGCGUGAGAAUCAGGUGAAAUCUACCCUGUCGUUAUUGGAAGAAGACUCAAUCGACCAGUUGGCGCGUGUUCAAGCAAGGUUAGAGGCAGCCGAACGGUCCCUGGAUAACGUGUUGGACGGGAAAGCUAGAGUUGAAGUGGAGCAGGUAGAGCUGAACAAGGACGUCGAGCUCCUAAAUGAACGGUAUGCACAGCUAAUCCAAAGGGCAGAGUUGCGACUCAAGGUCGAUACGGCAAAGCUGAAUGUCGCCGAGCAGGUGUUGAAGGCAGUCUUCCCCCCGGAUAGCUAG